AAUCAUUCCCUUUCAAGCAGCCCUAUAGAAUUCAUUUUAUGCGAUGCAUAAGAUGUGCAGCAGCACCCAAAUAAUAUGUACAUACAUUUUUAGUCACACUAAUCACGUUCACACUCCCUUCCAUAUGCGCCGUGUGCACGGCUGUAUUUACGCUGCCUUGUUCAGCUCCUGCUGAUUCCUGUUACUCCACCCAGCAAACGCAUCGCAUGUCGUAGAGAAAUAAAAAAAACAUUAAUUGCUUUCACAUACGGUCAUCAAGUGCACAGCGUCACGUACUUAUUCGUGCUCAGUGCUCAGUUGAAUUUGGAAACUAAAAUAACACCGCAUUUAUCAUUUCCAAAUGGAAUGCAAGACCGAAAUGGACCUCAGCGGUAAGCUGAUAAUAAAAGUGCAAUUAGCGGAUGAUAUCCGUCGCAUACCAAUCCACAACGAAGCGAUUACCUACGACGAACUGGUGCUUAUGAUGCAGCGAGUGUUUCGAGGCAAAUUGUCUUCAACUGAUGAGAUAACCAUCAAAUACAAGGAUGAAGAUGGUGAUUUGAUAACAAUAUUUGAUAGUUCUGAUUUAUCAUUUGCAAUCCAAUGUAGCCGGAUAUUAAAACUGCAAAUUUUAAUGAAUGAUGACAAGGAUGAAGACAAAACAUCCACACAAGUUAACUCUGCAGAUGUUUUAGGAAUCAAAGUUCAGCUGCGAAGUAUAAGAGAUCAAGUUAAUAAGAUUCUUGAUUGUUUGGAUGGGGAUAGAUCUUCACUGCCAACUACAAAGGAGGCAGUAACUGAAACUAAUGUGCCAAAUGGAGAGGAGGUUAUACCAGCUGCAAGUUCUGUGAAUCCAAGGGAGUUUGAUCCACUUCAGCUUGACAAAACCACACAGGAACCUGUGAAAGAUACAACAGAGCAAGAAAGGACUGCAACCAGUCUAGGGUCUAAUGUUGUGCCUUCUACAGCACCUAGCAGUCACCCUCAAUUUGUGAGAACUACUCCUUCAGGCUAUCAGAAUACGACAACUUUUGCUAGCAAUCCAUACUCAGGCGGCCAGUAUACCUACCAAGCGCCAAAUUAUGUUGGGCAGCCUGAAAUGGGUCAAACGCCGGCGUUUAACUAUCCGAGCACGACAAUGCCGUAUGCUGCUGUCACGCAGUACGGACCGCCGCAGACGACCAUGUAUCCGCCGCAUUCACAGAGUAAUCCUUACUCGAAAAGUUACUCGCAGGCAUCACCGCAACAUGUGCAGUACAUGCCGCGUUGAUUAGAGCAUAAUAUCCCCUCUACACUAUAAUUAUCAAGCUUUAUUUCACUCGUAAUUUACAUUGAUUUGACUUAGUUGGAUGAUGCUUAGGACAUUUAUUGGAGAUGUCUGCCAGUGUGCCUGCAUAUGGAGUAUGGUUUUUAAAUUAUACACAACUUCAUACAAGUUGUUACACUUUGCAAAGGAUUCCAUGGUAGAAAAAGAAGCAUUUGUGGCUUAACUUUGAAACACUGUUUUUCAUAUUAUAUUUGUUAGUUAUAAGGAAUGUAUUUUUAUCAUUUAAAUUCAAUAAAGUUGUUUAAAUAUUAAA